GUGUGACACUCAAUAAGUGACACUCUAACGGGCUUCAAUAAUGCACAGGAAAACAUUCACAAACAUUAAAGGAGUGUGAAAUCGUGGCUGUGAUUGACUUGUCUACACAGUCUGCACAAUCAAAUGUGUGCUGCGUCAUUGGAGGACUGCGGGACCCACAAACACCGCUGGUUCCCCUGCAGUGCGAGAGAUCUGCGAUGGGACUGGAAACAAAAAGAGAGAGAGAGGGAGGGAGAGAGGAGAGUGCUGCUGCAGAACAACAUUUAGCCUGGCUGAGGAGUUAAACGGCACACAGCGGCACAUCUGCUUCAUCCAGGCAUUAAUCCUGUUGUGAUAGCCAUGUUCUCAAAGCAGCCAUGGCCUCUGGCCUUUGGGAAAAUGUCCUUUGUGGUUUUCAUCUUGACUUCUGCCCUCUCAGUGACUUCCCUGCCUGCUGACAUAGAGAAGGGAAGGAGAAAGGUGGUGCACGUGCUCGAGGAUGACACCGGAGCGGUGAUAGUGCAGACAGCUCCUGGUAAAGUGGUGACACAUCGUGGUGGCUCCAUCACUCUGCCCUGCAGAUUCCACCAUGAGCCGGAGAACAUCGAUCCUGCUCGCAUUCGGAUUAAAUGGACCAAAGUGACUGAUGCGCUGCAGUUUGAGGACGUCUUUGUGGCACUUGGAAGGCAGCAGCGUGUGUUUGGAUCGUACAGAGGCCGUGUGUUUUUGGAGCAGGCAGGACCAGGUGAUGCCUCAGUGAUCAUUCAAAAUGUCACACUGGAGGACUAUGGACGCUACGAGUGUGAAGUCACGAAUGACAUGGAAGACGAUACAGGAUUUGUCAACCUUGACUUAGAAGGAGUGGUGUUUCCCUACUACCCCCGUGAGGGGCGCUAUAAGCUCAACUACCACCAAGCGGAGGAUGCCUGCAAACAGCAGGAUGGCAUUCUGGCCUCCCACCCUCAACUGCACAAGGCCUGGCUGGAAGGACUAGACUGGUGUAAUGCUGGAUGGCUGGAGGAUGGCUCAGUCCAGUACCCUAUCUCUCAUCCCAGAGACCAGUGCGGCCGCAAGGACACCCCCGCUGGCGUUCGUAACUAUGGCUACAGGCACAAGGAGGAUGAGCGCUAUGAUGCUUUCUGCUUCACUUCCAAGCUCAAUGGCAAAGUGUAUUUCCUCAAACGCUUCAAGAAGGUGAACUAUGCGGAGGCGAUGAAGGCUUGCAUUCGAGAUGGCUCAGUGGUGGCCAAAGUGGGUCAGCUGUACGCUGCAUGGAAGUUCCAGCUUCUGGACCGCUGUGAAGCUGGCUGGCUGGAGGAUGGCAGCAUCCGUUACCCCAUAGUCAACCCCCGCUCUCGCUGUGGAGGAUCCCAGCCAGGCGUCCGACACCUAGGCUUCCCUGAUAAAAAAUUCCGCCUCUAUGGGGUCUACUGUUUCCGCAAGAACAAGGAUGAAACAGCAGGUGGUACUGAAACAACAAAAAGCACUACAGAUAGUUUGACAAGGAGGAAGAGCAGCAACAGCAUCCCCAUGAAUGUUACGAGGGUGAUUUAAAGUGGAAAGACUGAUUUUAAAGCAACAUCUGUCGCCUAGCAGCCAGUCUCCAUCCAUUGCUUUUAAAGUAAAACACUCACAGACAAGAUGUACUCAUUUGCAGAUUUGCCAGAGAGAAGUAGCAAGGCUGUUUAAAAUUAAGGGUGACAUCUUUAUUAGGGUGAUAUUCCUUUCAUCUCCAGUCAGUCAAUCAUCUUAAGAAGUGAGCAUGUUAGCACAUCUGUCACUGGAAAACUGUAACAUUAAACAGCAGCUUGAUCAUCACUCAGGCACACAUCAGAUCAGAGAGUUUGCCAUGAAUACCCUUUUUCACAUGUGUGUGGAUCAUAUUUUGGCCCCCGCUGAGCUCUGAGCUCCAGUCUGAGCCAGAAUCCCAGUGCCAGGGUGAAAACAUUCAUUACUGGGUGAGAUGGGAUGAUCUGCCUGACUUUAUGGAAAAAAUCCGAGAUCCCCUUUAAGUUUAGAUUCUACCAAGUGUAAUUGCCUGUACCCGGAUGCCAUGCUUGGUUAGCAACCCUUUGGCACAAUGUGAGUCAUUUUUCUCAUUAAUUAAGACCUGAAAAUCUAAUCAUCAGAGCUGAACAGGCCAAGUAAUAAAUAUUGCACAAGCUCUAAAAUAUUUUAAAUAUUUAAAUACAUAGAGCUUUAUUUUAUGAUAGCAUCUUAGCUUAAGUGAGCAUGUAUUGCUUGUCUAAGAGUAGUUGCUGAGGCUGAAUAGGCAGAAAUACAAAGCUACAAUACUUGCUAUUUACCUCACAUACUGCACUUCUAAGCAAUCUCCAAAUGCACUAUAAAUGUUACAUGCAGCGACCUUUAUUACAGAGUAUGUUUGCCACUACAGAAUGGAUGAAUGUUCUGGGAAAAAAUAUAUUAAUUAAAGUCUUGAAAUUGUUGAUUUGAA